AUUGUGUUCAGCAUUUUAUUCGCUCUCACUAUACUAAAAAUUUCAUUAGUAAAGAAAUGAACUAAAGCGAUGCUUGUGAUUAAUAUUAUGGUUCACAAAAUUUACAAUGAAAUUUAUAUUCCCAUCUUAUCCACCGAACCUUGCUCGUUCUCUUCAAGUUUAUAAAAUAUGUUCGCUUGUUUGUAUAAUUAUCAUCACUGUCAGGCUUUGUUAUUGCACUACUAACAAUCAUACCGUACUUAAGCAAAAUGUUUCUAUCACACCAGAUCUUUCUGACCUAUCUCAUUAUAAAAGAAAAGCACUAUAUACUCCUUAUUGGGCUGUAGAAAUCAAGGGAGGUGAGAAAGCUGCACGUAAUAUAGCCGAAAAGUACGGAUUUUUAUAUCUUGGAGAGAUUUUACCUGGAAUUUAUCAUUUCAAGCAUAAUCGUAUUUCCAAAAGGUCUUUAAGACAAAACACCUAUUAUCAUGAUCAAUUAGCUAAUGAUGAACAGGUAGUGUGGUUAGAACAACAAGUUGCAAAGAUUCGAGUUAAACGAGACGUACACAUUCCAGUUAGUGAUCCGAAAUGGCCUCAGAUGUGGUAUUUAAAUCGUGGAGGUCCUGGUGGUCUAGACAUGAAUGUUCAGUCUGUUUGGGCACGUGGUUAUGCAGGUCAAAGUGUUGUGGUCACUAUUCUAGACGAUGGUUUAGAAACAGAUCAUCCAGAUUUGAAAGAUAAUUACGAUCCAUUUGCAUCAUACGAUGUGAAUAGUAAUGACGAUAAUCCAGAACCUCGUUAUCUAACCAGAGAUAAAAGUAAUACUAACCGUCAUGGUACGCGUUGCGCUGGAGAAGUGGCUGCCGCUGCAAAUAAUAGUGUAUGUGGAUUAGGUAUAGCGUAUAGAGCUCGCAUAGGUGGUGUACGUAUGUUAGAUGGUGAUGUGACUGAUGCGAUGGAAUCACGUUCAUUAAGUCACCAGCUACAACAUAUUGAUGUAUAUUCUGCAUCAUGGGGUCCAGAAGAUGAUGGUAAAACAGUUGAUGGUCCAGGUAAACUUGCUCAAAUGGCAUUUCGUAACGGAAUACAAAUGGGUCGACGUGGUUUAGGAUCAAUUUUUGUAUGGGCCAGUGGAAAUGGUGGUACAAGUCAUGAUAACUGCAAUUGUGAUGGAUACACAAAUAGUAUUUAUACACUAGGUGUUGGAUCUGUUUCAGAGCAUGGAUCUGUUCCAUGGUAUGCAGAACUUUGUUCUUCAACUUUAGCUGUUACCUAUAGCAGUGGAGGACGUGGUGAACGUGGUGUUAUUACAACAGAUUUAAAUCAUACUUGUACAGAUAAUCAUUCUGGUACAUCGGCUAGUGCACCAUUAGCUGCCGGUAUCUGUGCUCUUACUUUAUCAGCUAAUCCUAAUUUGACUUGGAGAGAUUUACAAUAUUUAGUUGUGUACACGGCACGUCCAGAUGGUUUAUACGCAGAUGAUUGGCAUGUGAAUGGUGUUGGUCGACGUGUAUCACAUGCAUUUGGUUAUGGCUUAAUGGAUGCUGCGGCUAUGGUCGAUUUAGCUUUGAAUUGGACUAAUGUACCGCCACAACGUGUAUGUGAAGCUCAAGCUCCAAUGACUGGUAGUCCAAUUACUAUUAGACAAAUGUCUAAAGAAAAUUUAGCUUUAACUACUGAUGGUUGUGAAUCAGCUGCAUCACUUGCAGGUGAUCUAUCACAUCGUGUUGUACAUUUGGAACAUGUACAAGCUAAAAAUACACUACUUCAUAAUGAACCCUGUUAA